AUGAACUGCUUGCCACAAGAAAUCCUGACAGCCAUAGCUGAACAGCUGCCCACCGCUGCUGACGUCUGUCAACUUCGGUUGGUCGAAAAACGUUGCGCCGUCGCAGCCUUCCCCGUCCUCUUUGAACGUGUUCAGAUUCUGAACACAUCUGAAUGUUUGCAUCAGGCUGAAUCGUUGUUGCAGUCUCCAUACGGCAGCAUCGGGGCAACCAAGCAUUUGACCUUGUACCAGGGCACGUGGCCUUUGACCUUAUCGCUAUCGGCGUGGCGCGGCCAUUCUUUGAGGCUGCGCUACCACGACAACGACACUCAGACAUUUGAACAGUACACGCGAUUCAGCCGUACAGAGUUAUCACGGCACUUCGGCGACAACUCCGCAAAGUUUUGUGGCCUUGUGGGCCAGUUCUCGCAACUUCAGAGCCUCUGCCUAGCGGAUGUACACACACGAGCGCAGGGCUCUGCACGAAAUAGCCAUUACAAUUCACUGAAAGAUCGCAUUCAAAUUGUCCCUUCAUUUCAUGGGAACGUCAAUGGUAUCCUGACCCAAUUCUCCACGGUUCUCAAUUCGAUGCGACAUUUAACGACACUAUCACUUGAGGGUUGCUUGGAUACAAGUGGCCUUGAUUUGCACGAAUCGUUCUCGGGCAUUUUAAGUCUAGAAGUGAUUGGUUUGCUCACCACUGCCUACCUGGGGGAACACAUUUCACGGUUCCUGGCUUCGUUCCCUCAUUUGACCCAUAUGAGGCUUCGGCCAGCAUUGGUUGGCUGUCCCAAUGAACGAAAGCUCCCCCUAUCAAACAUACAGUUUUCCGAUUUAUGCCACGUCGAAUUUCAUGGUAUCUGGACAUCAGAGGAGGAGCUCCUCGAUUUUGUUUACCGCCAUGGGCUGAUAUCUCUGUCUUUGUCGGAAAUUACAUUUACUCAAGGUUCUUGGGAAUCGUUUUUUGGACAUUUGCGUGAUCAGCUCCCGGGUAUUCAAUUUCGUGGAGAUGGGAUACUUACAACCACUCACUCAGAAACGUAUCAGCUGAACGCCUUUUCCGUUCGCCUUCUAAGGCUUUUCUUAGCUACAGACACUUUUCCGUGGCCCCUUGAAAUUUCGACUUUCUGGUAG